AUGCUGAAGAACAACGGCAGCUACGAGAGAGAUGUUCAGCAAAGAUGCGCUAAGGCCACUUCUGCAUUUAACUCCUUAACGAAAUGUCUGUGGUCGACCCCCACCACCAACGAAGUCAGGCUGCGAGUCUACCUAUCCGCAAUUCGCCCCAUCAUGAUGUACGGAUCGGAAACUUGGGCAGCACCAUCAACGGUUAUGGAGAGGCUUGAAUGCACGGAACGAAAGCUACUUAGACGGCUACUUGGCUACUUUUGGCCUAGGGUAUGUCACAAUGAAGAUCUUUACGCAGAGAUUGAUGUGGUAUACCGGCGAAUGACACGUGGAAAACAUCAACAUCUUGCACCGCCAUCGAAAGUGGCUAAAGUAAAUUGUCUUCGCUUCUUUGGUCCUAUAUUAAGGAGACCGGCAGAUCGCCUUGUUCAACGAGUUCUGAGGAGUUCGUCGGGUUCGAGCUGGAAGAAGCCACCUGGCCGAAAACGGAAGUUCUGGACUGAGGUGGUAAAAGAGGACCUGAGGACACUCGGCGUGGAUAGGCAGUUCAGGCGAGACGUAAGGUUUCGCAGAAUAUGGAAUAGCGACGAAUGGAUUGAUUCUGUGCAAGCUCUCGCAGAAGAUCGAGAAGGUUGGGCAGAGCUGUGUUCAAGGACGGCACACCUCGGCGAAGAUGCAGGUAAUCGCGUCAGGCGAUGA